AUGCGCGGCACAUAUCUUCCCUCCUGGUCAUCUCCACCACGAUCUCUCCGAUCUUGCUUGCGCAGUGCUCAACGCCUUCCACCUCAUCCACUCAUUUCCACGAAUUUCCGAAUAUUGAGCCAUUUAGACACAUUUACAGCAGAUAGACAGAACAUACACACACAUACACAUACACAUACAUACACGUACACACACAUACACAUACACACAUAUACACAUACAUACACAGACACAGACACACACACACACACAAAGAGAGAGAGAAAGAGCGGUGAUCUGCGUUGCCGAAGACUUAACGAUUGUUCAGAGUCAUUUCCGAAUAUUUGCCACAACAAUUAG